AGCAACUGUUUGGAAGUCAGAUCCCCACAUCCCGCUCUACUGGGUCAAUUCCCCGCCUCGACCUGCUCUUGUCCAUCAUUUGCUGAAGUGAACCAGCGGGUUCCCCCCGUGCAGGAUCUCCCCCGGCAACUUCCCUUCACCCGUGCUUGGAUCUCUCAGAUCUCUUCAGAUGAAGAUGGCCUCACCUAUGAAUCCUGCCAGUACCAUCAUUAUCUAACGAUGGGGCGGGUCUGUGCCCACAGGUCUAGGGGCAGGAGAACGGGGUUAAUCAAACCCCCCCAGAAACACUGGAGGACUUGCCCAGCCUUUGAAGAACUCUAGCAGUUUCUGAAUCUAGCUCACUGGUGGUAAGCAUGAUGCGACUUCUGCCACUUUUGCUGGGGUUUUGGGGGCCAGGUGGCUACUUGUUGCUUUCAGGAAACUGCCAGGAGGUGGCCACCCUCACUGUGAAAUACCAAGUGUCUGAGGAAGUGCCAUCUGGCACGGUGAUAGGGAACCUAUCCGGGGAACUGGGCCGGGAGGGGAGGCGUGGGCAAGCGGGGGCUGCCUUUCAGGUUCUGCAGCUGCCACAGGAGCUCCCCAUCCAGGUGGACUCUGAGGAUGGCCUGCUCAGCACAGGGAGGCGACUAGACAGAGAGCAACUCUGCCGGCAGCGGGACCCCUGCCUGGUUUCCUUUGAUGUGCUUGCUGCAGGGGAUCUGGCUCUGAUCCACGUGGAGAUCCAGGUGCUAGACAUCAAUGACCACCAGCCUCAGUUUCCCAAAAGUGAGCAGGAGCUAGAGAUCUCUGAGAGUGCCUCUCUGCGCACCAGGAUCCCCCUGGACAGGGCCCUCGACCCAGACACGGGUUCUAACAGCCUGCAUUCCUACACUCUGUCUCACAGUGAGCACUUUGUCCUAGAUGUCAUUGUGGGGCCCGAUGAGACCAAACAUGCAGAGCUUGUGGUGGUGAAGGAGCUGGACCGGGAAAUCCACUCAUUUUUUGAUCUGGUGCUAACGGCCUAUGAUAAUGGGAACCCCCCCAAGUCAGGCACCAGCUUGGUCAAGGUCAACGUCUUAGAUUCCAAUGACAAUAGCCCUGUGUUUGCUGAGAGCUCACUGGCACUAGAAAUUCGAGAAGACGCUGCCCCUGGUACUCUCCUCAUAAACUUGACUGCUACGGACCCUGAUGAGGGCCCCAAUGGGGAGGUGGAGUUCUUCCUCAGUAAACAUGUGCCUCCUGAGGUGCUGGACACCUUUAGUAUUAAUGCCAAGACAGGCCAGAUGAUUCUGCUUCAACCCCUAGACUAUGAAAAGAACCCUGCUUAUGAGGUGGAUGUCCAGGCAAGGGACCUAGGUCCCAACCCCAUCCCAGCCCACUGCAAAGUUCUCAUCAAAGUUCUGGAUGUCAAUGACAAUGCCCCAAGCAUCCACAUCACAUGGGCCUCCCAGCCAUCACUGGUGUCAGAAGCCCUUCCCAAGGACAGUUUCAUUGCACUCAUCAUGGCAAAUGACUUGGACUCAGGAAACAACGGUCUGGUUCACUGCUGGCUGGGCCAAGAGCUGGGCCACUUCAGGCUGAAAAAGACCAAUGGCAACACAUAUAUGCUGCUAACCAAUGCCACACUGGACAGGGAACAGUGGCCAAUAUAUACCCUCACGCUGUUGGCCCAAGACCAAGGACCCCAGCCCUUAUCAGCCACGAAACAGCUCAGCAUUCAGAUCAGUGAUGUGAAUGACAAUGCACCUGUAUUUGAGAAGAGUAGGUAUGAGGUCUCUACUCGAGAAAACAACCUACCCUCUCUUCACCUCAUUACCAUCAAGGCUCAUGAUGCAGAUUUGGGCAUUAAUGGAAAAAUCUCCUAUUAUAUCCAGCACUCCCCAGUUUCUUACUUGGUGGCUAUUAACUCGGACACAGGCGAGGUGACUGCUCAGAGGUCACUGGACUAUGAACAGCUGACUGGCUUUGAGUUCCGAGUGAUUGCAAAGGACAAGGGGCAGCCCCAGCUUGCAGCCAGUGUCUCUGUAUGGGUCAGUCUCCUGGAUGCCAACGAUAAUGCCCCGGAGGUGAUUCAGCCCAUACUAAGUGAUGGAAAAGCCAGCCUCUCAGUGCUUGUAAAUGCCUCCACAGGCCACCUUCUGGUGCCCAUUGAGACCCCUCAUGGCUUGGGUCUUGUGGGCACAGACUCACCACCGCCGGCCACCCACAGCGCUCAGCCAUUCCUUUUGUCAACCAUUGUAGCAAGAGAUGCAGACUCGGGGGCAAAUGGAGAGCUCCUCUACAGCAUUCAGGGUGGGAAUGACGCCCAUCUCUUCGUUCUCAACCCUUACCUGGGCCAACUGUUCAUCAACAUCACCAAUGCCAGUAGCCUUAUUGGGAGUGAGUGGGAGCUGGAGAUAGCCGUAGAAGACCGUGGCAGCCCCUCCUUGCAGACCCGAGCCCUGCUGAGGGUCUUGUUUGUCAGCAGUGUGGACCACCUCAGGGACUCGGCCCAUGAGUCCAGGGUCCUGAGCGCCUCAGUGCUCACGGUGAUUUGCCUGAUAGUGCUGCUGGCCAUCUUCGGGUUGAUCUCAGCUCUGAUCAUGUCCAUCUGCCGGACAGAAAAGAAGGACAAGGCCUACAAUUGUCGGGAGGCUGAGUCCACCUACCGCCACCAGCCCAAGCGGCCCCAGAAACACAUUCAGAAAGCAGACAUUCAUCUCGUGCCUGUGCUCAGGGGCCAGACAGAGGAGCCGAGCAGAGGCGGGCAGUCCCACAAGGACACAGGCAAGGAGGCGAUGAUGGAAGCAGGCUGGGAUCCCUGCCUGCAGGCCCCCUUUCACCUCACACCCACCUUGUACCGAACCCUGCGGAACCAAGGCAACCAGAGAGCCCUGGCUGAGAGCCGGGAGGUGCUGCCUGACACAGUCAACCUCCUUUUCAACCAUCCCAGGCAGAGGAAUGCUUCCCGGGAGAACCUGAACCUUCCUGAGCUGCAGCCUGCUCCUGGCCAGCCUCGCCUGAGGCCUGUGAAGGUGGCGAGCAGUCCCACAGGAAAGCUGUCUGGAGACCAGAGCAGUGAGGAAGCCCCGCUGAGCCCACCUGCCUCCUCUGCAACCCUGAGGCGGCAGCGGAAUCUCAAUGGCAGAGUGGCCCCUGAGGCAGAGACGGGCCCCCAUCAGAUCCUGCGGAGCCUGGUCCGGCUGUCUGUGGCCGCCUUUGCAGAACGGAACCCCGUGGAGGAGCUGACUGUGGACUCUCCUCCUGUUCAGCAAAUCUCCCAGCUGCUGUCCUUGCUGCAUCAGGGCCAAUUCCAGCCCAAACCAAACCACCGGGGAAAUAAGUACUCAGCCAAGCCCGGAGGCAGCAGGAGUACAAACCCAGAUGCAGAGGGCUCAGGUGCCAGGGCUGGGGGCCAAGAAGAACCUGACCAGGAAGAAGGAUCCUUAGACUCUGAAGAGGACCUCUCUGUGAAGCAGCUGCUAGAAGAAGAGCUGUCAAGCCUGCUGGACCCACACACAGGUUUGGCCCUGGACCGACUGAGCACCCCCGACCCAGCUUGGAUGGCAAGGCUCUCUUUACCCCUGGCCACCAACUACCGUGACAACGUGUUCUCUGCUGAUGCUGCAGCCUCAGAGGAGCCUAGAACCUUCCAGACAUUCGGCAAGGGGACUGGGCCAGAGCUGAGCCCGACAGGCACACGACUAGCCAGCACCUUUGUCUCAGAGAUGAGCUCGCUGUUGGAGAUGCUGCUGGAACAGCGCCCCAGUGUGCCUGUGGAGGCUGCCUCCGAGGUGCUGCGGCGCCUCUCUGUUUGUGGGAGAACCCUCAGCCUAAACCUGGCCACCAGUGGGGCAUCAGGCACAGAGGUCCAGGAGGGUGCAGGUGAAAAGAAGGGGAUCAACAGCAGAACAUGCAGCAACAGCAGCAGCAGGGGGCUGUGGAUCCAGGAACCAGGAGCCCAGGCAGAUGUUUUGGUGCCCAGACCCUGAACAUCCUGGGACAUGAACUGGCUUCUAAAAUCUUUGAACUCACUGACAGAAAUGGCUUAAGAACUUUGGGGUGAUCAUGAGGUAGCAGGGGUUCAGGACUAACAACUGGUGGAGCAAAGCAAUCCCGUUAGGGGCUGGCUCUGCCUCUGAACUUUUUGGAAAAUGAAGUGUGUGUGGCUAGGAUUACGUGUUUGCUGGCAAAACACACAUGGAGGUGAAGUGUUGUCCUCUAUGCCAAGGAAUGUCACAGUAGGGAAGGAUGGUUUGUUGCAUUCUAGAGGAUGGGGAGCUGGAUCCAGAAGCACCAGGCAAAGCUCGCUGACUUACUA